AUGUUGUGGAAAUAUUUAAUAUAUCUUUCAUUUCUUUUUAUAUUUUGUCAUGCUUUAAUAUGUAAUGAAACCAACUGUAGUACUAUUGAAAAUAACUCAACUAAAGAAUCAAAAGAGUUUAUUCAAAGUAAAAACAAAAAGACACAUAAGACAAGUUUUAAAGAAAAAAGUAAAGAUAGUCAAACAAUAAAAAUUAAACAUUCAACAAACGCAAUAAAAACAAAUGAUACGCAACAAAAUAUAAAAAAAUAUAAAAAACAUCAACUUAUUCACAAAAAUCAAUUGAAAGGAAGUGAAAAUAAUACUAUUGAUAAUGGUAUUGAAGAAAUCACUAACAACACUAUCAUCACUCAAGACCCUAUUUCUAAAAAAAAGAAAAUAAUUGAAAAGAAAAAGAAAGCAAUUACUAAAAAACAUUCUGAAAAACAUGAAAACAAUAAAACUUCUUUAUUAACUAAUACUACAAAUACAACGAAUAAUUCGUUAGAAAACAAUAGUAAAAUAUCACUACUAACUAAUAAAAAGACAAAAGAAAAAAACAAUAAAGAAAAAGGUGCACAGAAGAAACAAAUAAGAAAUGAAAAAAAAAGACCCAAAGAAGGAAAAGUGAAAGACCAAGAAAAAAUUAUGAAAAAGAAAUUUAUUGAAGAACGUUCACGUAUUAAAAAAGAAAAAAAUAGAGAAAGAUAUCAAGAAAAAUUAAAAGAAAAAUUGCAAAAGAAAAUUAAUGGAAAACAAUCAAAAAAGAAAACUACUUUCAAAAGAGUUCACAACUAA